AUGUUUUCUUUCUUUUCCAGGGCUGUGAAAUUUACAUCGAAACUAUUUGGACGUGCUUUAUCGAAACGUAUCAAAGCAACCGUUCUGUAUGCAACCGAAACAGGAAAAUCGGAACAGUAUGCCAAACAAUUGUGCGAAUUAUUGGGGCAUGCAUUCAAUGCUCAGCUCUAUUGCAUGGCUGAUUACGACGUUUCAUCGAUUGAACACGAGGCUCUGCUAAUUGUGGUGGCCUCCACAUUUGGCAAUGGUGAUCCACCGGAAAAUGGAGAG